AUGGCAGCAGCAGAGUCAUCGUGUUCACACUGGUGGCACGCCCCUUUCUACGUGGCCAUGUGUUGCACCCUCGCUUUGAUGGCCAUCUCCACCGCUAGAUACCCCUCCACCAACCACCACGCCCUCGCCCUCAACGCCUCCCUCGCCCUCCGCCUCCAGGGCGGCUUCCACAUCACCGCCACCCUCCUCCAAAUCUCCCCGGAGCUCUUCCUCUCGUCCCCCCACACCACCCUCUUCGCCAUCCAAGACUCCGCCAUGUCCCUCCUCGCCCUCCCGCCCUCCUCCAUGCGCCACCUCCUCCGCUACCACGCCGUCCCCGCCACCCUCCCCAUGUCCCUCCUCCUCAAGAAACCCCCCGGUUUCUGCCUCCAAACCCUCGCCGCCCGCGACACCCUCGCCAUCACCAACUCCACCAACCGCACCUCCCUCACCAUCAACCACGUCUUGGUCUCCCACCCCGACAUCUUCCUCCACGGCCCCCUCGCCGUCCACGGCGUCUCCGCGCCCUUCCACAGCAGCAGCAGCCGCAAAGGGGCGGUGGAGUGGAAACGGAUCAUCAGGGUUUUGAGCUCCAAUGGAUUUGUUUCAUUCGCCAUCGGAUUGAACGCGGUUGUGGAUGGGAUUCUUCGAGACUACGCCAAUCUUUCCUCCGUCACCGUGCUUGCGGCGCCGGAUUUUGAGUUUCUGUCUUCACCGUCGCCGUUCUUGGAUAGAAUCGUGAGGCUUCACAUUCUGCCACACAGAUUUACUUAUGUGGAGUUGAGUGCGCUGGGGAUGAACAAUUCAACGCUCACUACAUUGCUUCCUGCCUCUCAUCUCCACAUUUCUCCAAAUUUGGCUCUAAAUGGACUCCACAUUACUAGGCCUGACAUCUUCUCCUCCAACAACGCCGUCCUUCAUGGAAUUUCAAGGACUUUUCAUUUCCACGAUUUCUUUCACUAAAUUCCUUCCUUUUUUUUUUUUUUAUAAUAAUUUUUGCUCUUCUUGUACAUUGUAAAGACUAAAGACAGAUAUGUAGAUACGGAGAUUGCAGUUUUUGACUUGUUA